AUGGAGAGUGAGAUCGUAGCCAGUUCUGCAAUAUUUUACGUCUUCAACAUCAACUUCAUGGGUCAAGAAGGAGUGGAAUAUCUCCAGGAUUACACUACAUUCUUCAUCAUUGAUAUUGACAUCAUCUUGAAGAAUUCUUGUAGAGCAGCCUGUGCUUGGUCCGGAAGAGGAAAUACACCUUCCGAGAAGACCUCUAGUGAGUAUUGGCCUGAAUUAGUUAAAAAACAUGACCUUGGCUUUUUGGAAGACGGGCAUGCAUCAAAGGCAGAUUUGGAGGAAAAGUUCUGGGAAGAUCUUGUUAAGAAAACCAGAUGCAAGAAAGCUGGCAACUCUUCCAAAGGAAGAAAAAAGAAACCUGCUGUAAAGUUUGACCAUGAUUGUGGCAUGUAUCGUAAUAAGAAAAGAGAAAGGAGGUUUGGAUUAGUAGGAAAGUUUGGAAUGUUCCCCAGUGAUGAUGAUGAUGAUGAUGUGGUUUUGAUGAAUCCAGAUCCUCCACCCUGUCAGGGAACAAAAGAUGGCAAUUCUGUGUGCGAAAACCCAGACAAGGUAACCAUGAUCACAUGACAUAAUGAAUUUUACCGUGUAGAGUAGUAGACUUACCUGUAAUUCUAAUCGCCAUCCAUCUUCUGAAAGAGAGGAAGUGGAUUAGCUUUUGUGAUGGCCACUGAUUUUACUUAUUUUUGUCCCAUGAAGUUUUGGUUCAUGGAGAGAGAAAAAGUCAUAGAGCAACUAUUUGCUUACUUUAAACUCUAUUCUUUGAGGAACUGAAGAAGGGAAACCUACCA